UGGGACGUCAGUGCGAAGAGCCUCCGAGUCAAACACAAAAGAAACCCCCAAAGCGUGGAGGAGACGCUGCCGCUCCUUUAUAAACUGAACCCAAACCCUAGAAGCAUGACCCUGACAGAGGCGGGACAGGCCUGCACUCUUGAAGUAUGGAGGGCUUUUGCCCGUUGGUUUCUGGGAGUUGUAGUUUUCCUCCCCCCAUGCUUCCGUGGGUGACUACAAGUCCCAGGAGGAGGAGGUGGUGACCCGUCAGCCCUUGACUGUGUGGUUCCUGGAGCCGCUAUGCCCAGGGGCAGUGAAAGGAUGAGAAUGAGCCCUCGGUGUAUCUUCCUGCCCCAAUUCCUCCACCCCCGGGGCUCCCACACAGCAGCCACAGUAGCAGCAGCAGCAGCGGGCACCUUUGUACCACCUUGUCCUCCUCCGGACCCCGAGAAAGUCAAGGAGUUACAGCGAUUCAUCUCCCUUUCCAAGAGACUCUUGGUAAUGACCGGAGCUGGUAUCUCCACUGAGUCUGGGAUCCCAGAUUACAGAUCAGAGAAGGUGGGGCUCUACGCCCGGACAGACCGGCGCCCCAUCCAACAUGUGGAUUUUGUCCGGAGUGCUAAAACCCGCCAGCGCUACUGGGCAAGAAAUUUUGUUGGGUGGCCUCAGUUCUCCUCUCACCAGCCCAACGCAGCCCAUUUGGCCUUGAGCAGCUGGGAGAGACUUGGGAAACUCUAUUGGUUGGUGACCCAAAACGUGGAUGCCUUGCACACCAAGGCGGGGAAUCAGCGUCUCACUGAACUCCAUGGAUGCAUGCACAGGGUCCUCUGUUUGCACUGUGGAGAACAGACUCCCCGAGAGGCAUUACAGGACCGUUUUGAAGCCCUGAACGCCACCUGGAGAGCCCAGGCCCACGGGGUGGCUCCCGAUGGGGACGUUUUCCUGACGGACGACCAGGUCCAGAGCUUCCAGGUGCCACGGUGUGCUACGUGCGGAGGCUCUCUGAAGCCCGACGUCGUCUUCUUUGGGGACACGGUGGACCACAGCAAGGUGGACUUCGUGCACACGCGAGUGAAGGAAGCUGACGCCCUGCUGGUGGUCGGAUCUUCCAUGCAGGUCUACUCCGGCUACAAGUUUAUUCUUGCGGCUCACGAGAAGAAGCUCCCCAUUGCCAUACUGAACAUCGGGCCCACCAGGUCCGACCGACUGGCCUGCUUGAAGUUGGAUUUCCGGUGUGCAGAGUUCCUGCCUUUGGUAGCCCCACAGUGACCGGGCUCUGGGCUCCCGCCCCCAAGGAGGAACUUUGGGGGACCCGAACCGCUGCUCAAGAGUGUACUGCUGUGACCUCCCCACCAUGUUGCCCUGCUCUUCCCAGCCCUUCAGCAAAAUGGCAGAUGGUGUUUCUGUCAGCAGAGGGCACCAAAUCACCACCUCCAUCCAUCCAUCCAUCCAUCUCAGCAUCCUGCUUCAGAUCUUGGGGGCUUCACAUCUGAUUGUGAUGCUGCUAUAUUCUCUGCCAGAGCCUUGGGAACUCCAUCUUGUUUGGGAUAUCGGGCCCCAAAAGAACAUCUCUGCAAUUCCCUCCUUCCUUCCUUCCUUCCUUCCUUCCUUCCUUCCUUCCUUCCUUCCUUCCUUCCUUCCUUCCUUCCUUCCUUCCUUCCUUCCUUCCUUCCUUCCUUCCUUCCUUCCUUCCUUCCUUCCCUCCCUCCCUUCCUUCCUUCCUCCCUCCUUUCCUUCCCUCCCUCCCUUCCUCCCUCCCUCCCUCCCUCCCUUCCUUCUUCCCUCCCUCCCUCCCUCCCUUCCUUCUUCCCUCCCUCCCUUCCUUCUUCCCUCCCUCCCUCCCUCCUUUCCUUCCUUCCUUCCUUCCUUCCUUCCUUCCUUCCUUCCUUCCUUCCUUCCUUCCUUCCUUCCUUCCUUCCUUCCUUCCUUCCUUCCUUCCUUCCUUCCCUCCCUCCCUCCCUUCCUUCCUCCCUCCCUCCUUUCCUUCCUUUCUUCUUCCCUCCCUCCCUCCCUCCCUCCCUUCCUUCCUUCUUCCCUCCCUCCCUCCCUUCCUUCCUUCUUCCCUCCCUCCCUCCCUCCUUUCCUUCCUUCCUUCCUUCCUUCCUUCCUUCCUUCCUUCCUUCCUUCCUUCCUUCCUUCCUUCCUUCCUUCCUUCCUCCUCCCUUCCUUCCUUCCUUCCUUCCUUCCUUCCUUCCUUCCUUCCUUGCUUCCUUCCCUCCCUCCCUCUUCCUUCCUUCCUUCCUUCCUUCGUUUGUUCUUCCUUCCUUCCUUCCUUCCUUCCUUCCUUCCUUCCUUCCUUCCUUCCUUCCUUCCUUCCUUCCUUCCUUCCUUCCUUCCUUCCUUCCUUCCUUCCUUCCUUCCUUCCUUCCUUCCUUCCUUCCUUCCUUCCUUCCUAAUUUCUUUUCUAAUCCUUUUCAUUCUAACCUUUUCAUUCUGUGUGUUGUAUCCUGGCAGCCCCAGUGCAUCGAACAGAAUGGUCUCCAUGGGGAUUUGGGUAACAGUCCUGCUGCCCUUUGAGGAAAGGGGAGAACAAAACAGUAAUUUUGUUUUAUAACCUCAAAUGAGUUCUCAGUUCUCUUUUAACUGUACUCUUUCAAUCUAUCAAGAAACAUUUCAUAAAUAUCUUUAAGAAAGCAAAUGAAAAUAUUUCCUAGUGAUUUAAAUAAAUUUGUAUUGAACAAUAA